AUGGAUAAGCAUAUCCCCCUUUUCCCUGCCUCCAGUGUAGUUACCAGAAAGGCGAAUGAAGACAGUCGUAUUCGUGGUUAUGAUCCCGUUAUUUCUCCUGCUUUGAUUCAAGCUGAAUUAGCAGCUUCUGAUGAUUUGCUUGACUUCGUUUCUGAUCAGCGCCGUCAAGCCUCAGAUAUUAUUUCUGGACGUGAUAAUCGUAUUCUUGUUAUUGUCGGACCUUGCUCUAUUCAUGAUCCUGCUGCCGCUAAGGAAUAUGCUGGCAGGUUGCAAAAGGAAGCUGCGAAGCACAAGAAGGAUUUGCACAUAAUUAUGCGUGCUUACCUUGAAAAGCCACGUACUACCGUCGGUUGGAAGGGUUUGAUUAAUGAUCCUGAUUUGGACGGCUCUUAUAACAUCAACAAGGGUAUCCGCGUUUCUCGUGGUACAUAUUUGGAGCUCUUGCAGCAAGGUGUUGGUAUCGCUUCUGAGAUGCUUGAUACCAUUAGCCCCCAAUACUUGGCAGAUUUGGUUUGCUGGGGUGCUAUUGGUGCUCGUACCACUGAAUCUCAAUUACACCGUGAGCUUGCCUCUGGAUUGUCAUUCCCUAUUGGUUUCAAAAACGCUACUGAUGGUAAUAUUGGCAUUGCUAUUGAUGCUAUCAAUUCCUCUAGCAAUCCUCACCACUUCUUGUCUGUUACCAAGCAAGGUGUUGUGGCCAUCGUCACUACCGAUGGCAACCCUGAUACCCACAUUAUCUUAAGAGGUGGUAAAAAGGGAACCAACUUCGACGCUGCCUCUGUUAAUCAAGCUAAGGCUGAUCUUGAAAAGGCUAAACUUCACCCAAGCAUUAUGAUUGAUUGCUCUCACGGCAACUCUUGCAAGGAUCAUAACAACCAACCCAAGGUUGCCGCUUGCAUAGCUGAGCAGGUUGCUUCUGGUCAAACCGCCAUUAGUGGUAUUAUGAUUGAAUCCCAUCUCAAUGAGGGCAAGCAGUCUAUCCCUGAGGAUGGCCCUGCUAACCUAAAGUAUGGCGUUAGUGUCACUGAUGCCUGUAUUAGUUGGGAACAAACCGUCGCUGUUUUUGACAAUUUGGCUACUGCUGUCCGUGAACGUCCUAUUGUACCUGAUUAA